AUGGCCGCCCUUAUUCGCGCCAUGUCUCUGCUUCGGAGUGAGAACCUCAAAGAUGGAUCUCACAACCUCGUUGCCAGGCAAGCACAAUAUGUCGAGCCUGUGGACGGCCCGACAAAAGCAGGCUUCAUCGCCAUGGGCAUCUGCGGCGUCAUCUCCUUCGUCGCGACCCUCACGCUCUUUCUUUUCCUUACCUUUCGCUUUAUCUUCUGGUCGCGCUACUAUAAACGACCUCUCGUGCACAACCAAUACGUUCUCCUUAUCUACAACCUUCUGUUAGUCGACCUCCAGCAAGCCACUGCGUUCCUCCUCUGCCUGCAUUGGGUGAGCAAGGGCGCCGUUUACUAUCCAAGUGCAGCUUGCAUCCUCCAGGGAUGGUGGAUUCAAACCGGCGAUCCUGGCAGUGGGCUGUUCAUCAUUGCGAUCGCGAUGCACACUGGUGCCGUUGUCCUCCGAGGCCGGCAGCUACCAUACCGGGCUUUCGUAGGCUGCGUUAUCGGACUCUGGGCAUUUAUCCUCGUCCUCGGCUUCAUCCCAGUGGGACUUUACGGCUCAGAGACAUUCGUCAUUUCCGAAGCAGCCUGGUGCUGGAUAGGCCCCGAGCACGAGAACGAACGCCUCUGGGGCCACUACAUCUGGAUCUUCCUCGCCGAGUUCGGGACCGUCGCGCUCUACGGGGUAAUGUUCUUCUACCUCCGCCGCCGAAUGCUGCACGCCGCCAAGCUCCGCGCCAACCACGGCCACCACGAGAGCCUGAAGCGCCUCAACCGCGUCGUCAUCUACAUGGUCAUCUACCCCUUCGCCUACGUCGUCAUGUCGCUGCCCCUCGCCGCCGGCCGCAUGUCCAGCGCCCGCCACGUCGUCCCGAGCCGCGUGUACUUCGCCGUCGCGGGGUCCCUCAUGGCCCUGUCCGGGUUCGCGGACGCGGUGGUCUACACGCUUACGCGGCGUCAGCUGCUGCUCGAUACGGACCUUAGUACCUCGGACGGCCCGUAUGCGCGGUAUGCGUACUCGGGCUCGCACACGUACCAUACGCAGAUCACUAGUGCGACUGGUGGACGGGACAGGAAGAUGGGGUCUAGGUUUAGGAAGGGCAUGCAGACGCUCAACGAGACGGUGCAGGAUGAUCGGGACGACUCGACGGAGGAGAUUGUCAAGGGGGCGAGGAACGGGAGUGGCGACAUCGAGAUGAACAAUUACACGGGCCAUGGGGUGUACCAGGAGACUACGAUUGAGAUUACGCAUGAGGCGGCGGACUCUCAGGAGUUCCACCAUGAGCAUGGGCAUGAGCAGUCGGAGAGGCGUAGCGGGUGA